CGUGACCAGUGGCUUCAGAUUUUCCCAGAGCUUUCCCAGGUUUUUCCUCCAUAUGUUUUAUUAAGAAAAAUGACGAAAUCGAAGCAGAGGAAACAAGAAAAAAUCAGCGUUGCUAGCGAAAUCGAUCGUGUGGAGGAAAGAAAGUCUCGUUGUCAGGACAAUCUCGAGAGGGCCGAGUACAGGAAGAGGCGAGAGGAGUUGUCCGAACAAGACAGGCAAGCCUUGGAGGAUGAAAUGACUAUAAUGAAUGACAGGAUGAUCAAACUCGAUAAAGAGCUGGAAGUGCUGAGAGGAGAGAACAGGAGGAACAUGAUGCUGUCCGUGGCUCUGUUGGCCAUCAGUGCUCUCUUCUACUACGGCUUUGUCUAUUACUGAUGGAAGACUCAGGACUACAUCCCCCAUCAAGACCAAGGACUGCCAUGGCAGCUACGGACUACAAGUCCUUCGUCAUGCCUUGACCAUGCAUUGCCUCACUCCCAAACCAUGCCAAAAACAAGCUGCUGCCGUCAAGCACGCCAAAAUGUACAUAUCUGAUCUGGGGGGUCUCGAUAUGUUGAGUGACAACUAAAUAGCAGAGUUAGUAGCUGAGAUGAGCCGUCAUAUCAGCUUUUGACAGAUGUGAGCUUUGCCAACGGUGGACCACUUAUGGAAGCACAAUAAUGUUUGUGGAGGUUGGACCUGAAUGCUUUCGUGCACUCUCCUUUCAGUUGCAACAGCUACAUUCUGAUCUAUUAUAUCAAAGGAUUUAUCAUUGUUUUGGUGUUGUUAUUAUGAUGGCUUCAUAUGAAUGUCUU